AUGAAAGGAAGAAUUUUACUCACAUACCUGAUUAUUUUCAUACAUAAACUUAAUGGUAACGAUUUUGAUGAUAGUAGUAGCUCUGAAAGUGAAGAAGAUGAAUUAUCGAUUAUACAUGGUAAUGAAAAACUGACCGGAAAUUCCAACCUAUUUACCACCACUGUACAUGACGAUGAUAAAUUACAAGUAGAUGAAUUGACAACCAAUACCGGUGACCAUCAGACCAUUUAUUAUAUCAAAGAUUUGAAAUUAAAAGUAGUAGUGAUGAAGCAACCACACGAUGUUUGUCUGAUGUAUAAAUACACAAAUACCAAAAUGGUCAAGACAACAGGACAACUACAGAGAUGUUUAUACAGAGUUACUCAACAAGAUCAGUAUAGUAGCAUGCAGAUGGUCAAACAAAUAUGUGGGGAUAGAUAUAUUCAGUUCCUAGAGCUAUUGAUGUGCACACAUAUUUCCCAAGAAGGUGUGAAGUUACCCAGGAAUUCGAAUAAUGUUGGAAAAGGGAACAGAAAGAGAAGAGCCGUCUGUUUACCAGUGUGGGAGUCUUACAGAAUAGAAACCACGUGUCUCUCAACUACUUUUUACACCAUUUUACAGACAACAUGUGUCACAAAUACUGAAUAUUUCCAUAGGUCAUAUUGUCUCAUAUGAAACUAUAUCUAAAGUUUGGGAUUAUUUUUGCUUGGUAUUUUAUUUCGAAUCCGAUUUUGAUUUAGUAAUAUCGAGAUAAUCAAUCAAAAUACGUUGAUCUUUUUGAUUGGUAACUCUGAAUAUCAUUAGCGUUCCAAGAAGUGCGCAUAAAGUGACAGACUGUUUUUGUUCCGUAACUUUGUGAAUAAUAUAAUAUCAUAGCUCACAUGUCCAGUGGCAAAUAUUUCAUGAAGCAUCAUGUUGACAAUAAUCUAAACA